CAGUCUCUUUACCCCAAUUUCGCUCGUGUGAUCGCACCAGACAAGUAUCUGGUCUAUGCUGCACUGAGCUAUUUAAAACUAAACAACUGGACCUAUUUCUCGGUCAUUUUUCAAAGAAGCCGAAAAAAUCACGGCAUCUAUUUAUUCCUAAGAGAAGCUGUAUUUCAAAAAAAAAUGUGCAUCUCAAGAAAGCUCGAACUUAGGGCUGAGGACAAUAUCACUGGCCUCUUGGUCAACAUGAUGCAUGACCCCUUAGCCUCCAGGAUUGUGUUUGUCAUAGGCAAUGAUGAUAUGACAUUGGCCAUAAAUCGCGCCAUAGUUGAAGCCAAUGCUGAAGGGCAGUUUGUCUGGGUGGGUACCGACUUUUGGGCCGAUUUUAUUUUUAAAGACGAGGCGCCCCGGGGAACCCUUGGACUUCAUUAUCACGGAAUGGAAAUGGAAGAGUUCAAAAAACAUCUGACGUCUCUCGAUGAAAAAAACAGAAACCCGUGGUUUGUCGACGCCAUGACCGAGAUCCACGGCUGCAACAUUACGGCAUGCAUUAAGUCAAUGAUGGCUGAAAAAGUGAAAAAUUUAGCCAUGCUGCUCUCGUUGGCCGUUGACGCUGUUGGGGUUUUGGCGCAUGGUCUGUCGACAUUCUUAGCACACUUUUGCCCGGGUGCCCUUGGAGCUACUGCAGCACUCUGUUUUGAAGAACAUCGGCUGCAUUUCUAUGCAUUUGUCAUGAAUACUUCAUUUGAUGGCUACUCAGGACACAUCCACUUCGAUAAUUUCGGUAACGCACUAGAAUCGUAUUCGGUCAUCCAAUCGGCAUAUAAUAUUGAAACCAAGCCUAUCACCUUAGCUCAUUAUGAAAUUAAAAAAGAUAAAACCACCCAAUUUCGUGGCAUAUCCUGGACGAAGAUGAAAAUUCCGAAAUCACGUCUGCGCCCAGAAACUUUCUGCGAGAAACCCUGCUCUGCUUCGGCGUACCGAUAUUACACUACUCGAUGCUGCUGGAGCUGCAAAGACUGUCAGGAGAAUGAGAGGGUCAGUGACAGCUUGCAAUCGUGCCAAAUGUGUUCCCAGUUCUACUGGCCGCGAAUAGAUUCAGAAAAUAAGACCAGGCAGUGUGCACCAUUGCGACCCAAUUAUUACACCUGGUCUUCCACUGUGCCCGACAUUCUCAUCACCUUCGCGACCCUGGGUAUCGUGGCCACCUUUUGUAUGUUGAUUAUGUUUUGCACGGAAAAGCACAAGGCCAUCAUCAAGGCGGCCAGCAUAGAGAUCAGCAUAAUUCAGCUGGUGUUUAUUCAGCUUGGCUUCCUCACCGUCCCCAUUCUUUUCAUUUUCAAACCGUCCGUCGUCAGCUGCACCAUCAUCGUCAUUCUGUUCACCAUCAGCUUUAAUGUCUUAUACUUGACGAUGCUCAUUAAGGCGAUCCGGGUGUACCGAAUUUUCAUGAGUUCAAGGAGACGUACCAAAGUGACCUUCACCAGUCCAAGAGUGCAGAUUCUCUUUUGUCUGGCUUUUCUAUCGUUUGAGGUGAGGCGACAUACUUUAUUAAGGCAUUGAUUUACGGGAAUUUUCUUGUUAUCUGCCUGAUUGUUAAGUUAAUGUUAAUUGUUUAAAAGACCGCCACAGUUAAUUAUUUGUUCAGAAAUCAAGGUAAAGUUAUCUUACAAUUUAAAAAUUUAUUGAUUGAUAUAUAUCUUGUACGUCACCAUUCUCUUUGAAUUUUAUAUGUAUAAUUUGAAUUAAGAAUUUUAUUUAUAAAUUCAAAGACCCAAAAACACAUGUUGUUCUAUUUGUGCUAAAGGUGUCUGUAACAUACGGGUCAGUAUGAAAAAAAACCCCAAAAAUAAUCAACAUGCAGCUGGGUUGAAUACAUGUACUCAAACCAACCAAACAUUGGAAAGGAACAAAAAAGUCAAUAAAUUAAUUACACGGCUUAAAUAAAAACGUUGUGGGGUAAUAGAACAUUAACUUCUUAAUUUCAUUCGUAGAUCACCAGAUUCUUUUUGAUCAACCAGUUCCACCCUGUCGGGGCCGACGUCUUUCAGCCAGACCUAAGCGUCGAUUACGUAGAGCUGUCCUGCACGCUACCGAUGGCGCAUUUGAUACCUUUCUUCAUGUUCGAUCUCUUCCUCCUGUUUUGGUGCUCGAUCUUUGCUUUCAAAACCCAGACUCUGCCUCAGGAGUUCAAGGAGAGCAGAUUCGUGUCCAUGUGCGUCAUAACGACACUGUUGAUGUGGGGCGUGUUCGUGCCGAGCUAUUUCACCGUCGUCCGUCGUCAGAUGCAGGUCUUCAUCAUAGCGGUAGCCAUCAUCAUCAAUCACACCACCGCAAUCGCUUUCCUAUUCGUUCCCCGCAUUAUCGCUCUCCGGUACAUC